AUGCAGGAUGCUCUGGACGAUGAUGCCUUCACUUACAGUGUCAAGGCUGAGAGCCCGGCAUCCAUGGCCGGCACAGUCGCCUGGCACGAGCAGGUGAAGGAACUUCUCACCGUCAUCGAGGACAUCCGCAUGGAGGAGGACAACUUCAAAGCUGGCGGCGAGCCAAUUGCACACAUCCGCGGCACUGUCAACAAUCCGAAGUCCUCGCGAGGGACACUGUUCGUGCUUACCAACAUACACUACAAGUCAGGCAAGGUUUCUCCAGUCUCCACCGUGGAUCUCGCGGGUUCCGAGGAUCCUGCGGUCAUGGUCGGAGGCUUCUUGCGAUUCGUGAACCGUCCAGGUGUUCCGGAAUGCGAUCCUGCCAACGGCAAGACGCCAGCCCAGCUGAUGGCAAA